AAGAAGAGUUUCUUGUUGUUUCUUGGGAAAAUUCUGAAAAAAAAAUAUUUUAAGAGAAGUGAAGGAUUAAUCGUAAGAAUGGUGGUGGAGGAGAAUAGAACCAUGGAGGAAGGACUUCUCCGGCAUGAAAACGACAGAGAUGAUCGUCGUAUCACUGCUUGUGUUAUCCUCAGCACUUUUGUCGCUGUUUGUAGUGCCUUCAGCUAUGGAUGUGCCGCUGGUUAUACUUCAGGCGCCGAGACUGCUAUCAUGAAGGAGUUAAACCUUUCUAUGGCACAAUUUUCAGCGUUUGGCUCCUUUUUGAAUGUGGGAGGUGCGGUAGGGGCCUUGUUCAGCGGUCAAUUGGCAGUCAUCCUCGGCAGAAGACGGACGUUGUGGGCAUGCGAUUUUUUCUGCAUUUUUGGCUGGCUCUCCAUUGCUUUCGCAAAGAAUGUCUUCUGGCUGGACUUGGGAAGAAUUUCCUUGGGCAUAGGAGUCGGCUUGAUUAGCUACGUGGUCCCUGUCUAUAUUGCGGAAAUCACUCCAAAACAUGUUCGUGGCGCAUUUACUGCUUCAAACCAGCUUCUUCAAAACAGUGGAAUUUCCCUCAUUUAUUUUUUUGGGACUGUAAUUAAUUGGCGGGUUCUGGCUGUUAUAGGUGCAAUUCCAUGCAUCCUUCAAAUGAUCGGUAUAUUUUACAUACCGGAAUCUCCAAGAUGGCUGGCUAAAAUCGGUUUAGGCAAAGAAGUAGAAAGUUCUUUGCAUCGACUUAGGGGGAAAGAUGCUAAUGUUUCAGGUGAAGCAGCUGAAAUUCAGGUUAUGACAAAAAUGCUUGAAAAAGAUUCAAAGUCUAGUUUCUCUGACAUGUUUCAGAAGAAGUAUAGACGAACUCUUGUGGUUGGAAUUGGUUUAAUGUUAAUACAACAAUUAUCUGGAGCUAGCGGUAUCACAUAUUAUUCAAAUGCCAUAUUCAGAAAAGCUGGCUUUUCAGAGAGACUUGGAUCAAUGAUAUUUGGUGUGUUCGUGAUCCCAAAAGCUUUGGUUAGUCUGAUUCUUGUGGACAGAUGGGGAAGACGACCACUCCUAUUGGCUUCUGCUAUUGGAAUGUCCAUCGGAUCCUUACUUAUUGGAGUUAGCUUCACGUUACAGCAAAUGAAUGUGCUUCCUGAAUUGAUCCCAGUUUUCGUCUUCGUAAACAUUCUGGUCUACUUCGGAUGUUUUGCAUUCGGUAUAGGAGGGCUACCUUGGGUCAUUAUGUCUGAGAUCUUUCCGAUAAAUAUAAAAGUUUCAGCAGGAACAAUAGUAGCAUUAACAUCAUGGACUAGUGGGUGGUUCGUGAGUUACGCUUUCAACUUUAUGUUUGAAUGGAGCGCACAAGGAACAUUUUACAUAUUUGCGGCUGUCGGAGGAAUGUCAUUGAUUUUUAUUUGGAUGGUCGUACCGGAAACCAAAGGACAGUCACUGGAAGAGUUGCAAGCUUCGCUUACCGGGACAACCUAAAUAGUAAAAUACACGUUAUAUUGUAAUAUAUUAAUUUUGUUUAUUAUAAAUAUAUAUUCAUUAUCUAUUGGGAGUCGCAUUGCAAAUAAUUGUGUAUUUUGUAAUAUUAUUUGCAUAUUCUUGAUAGUGAUAUACCUUUUCUAGUUUCUUCCUUUGCGAAUCAAUGAUUUAUACUCUG